AUGCCAGCGCUGCACGAGGCGGACGAGGAGCACCCGCUUCCUUGGUACAAGCAACCCCUCCCGCUCUGGACGCAGCUGCUGCGCUUCAUUCCUUUUCUCCUCAUCACGGUGUUGAUUCUCGGCGCCGGCAUCGUCGUGACCAAUGCGCGGAUGCCGGACCCAAAGGAGGUGCGCCCGCUGCCAGACUUUUUGUUAGAGUGGAUUCCGCUGUGGCGGGCGUUGGAGCCUGUGACAGACAUCAUUAUUGGCUUGCUGAACGUCACCACCGUGCUUGUGGCCUUCAAGCUGUUUUUGCUGGAGCGCCACGUGCACGGCCUCCCCGGCUUCACCUUUCUUGAGCGCAUCCCCAAAGUCGGACGCUUCGUAAACCGCGUCGUCUUUGGCGUGGUCGACUCGGGCCGGCGUCCGCACCCGCUGCGGGGGGUUUACAAGAUCAUGGCCAUCCGCUUCCUGACGUCGUACGCGGUCGUCAUGUUCUUCCGCGCGUUUGUCAUCAUGGCGACCGCCUACCCGGCCACCGACAACCACUGCCAGCGUCCCGUGCCGAUCGAGCAUCCGCUGCUCAACAUCAUUCUAACGCUGGUGACGCUGGGCAGUGGCGCCAUCCACUGCGGCGACCUCAUGUUCAGCGGCCACACCAUGAUUCUCUGCGUCACCUUCAUGCUGGUGUGGGAGUACAGCCCCUUUCUGCACCCGUGGGCGCUGCGUGUGUGGGUGGGCGUGUUGCUGCCGGCGAGCUUCUACUGCAUUCUGGCCUCGCGGUCGCAUUACACCGAUGACAUUUUGGUCGCCGCCUACUGCAUGAUCGCGACGUACAAGAUUAUCGACCACAGCGAGACGGGUGCGCCGUGGCAGCUGCAGCUCUGCAUUCGUUGGCUACCGUGGCCGGGCUCGAACACAUGGAGGGAGGAGUGGCCGGCGGAGGCGAGUCGCGGGGCGGCGCAGGACGUCGUCGUUGUGGAAGCGCAGGACGAGGCGGCGGCGGCGGUCGAGGGUCCGCUUGGGAAGGAGACGCGGGCGGAUGACCAGAACGAGGCGGAGGCGGCGACUCCAUCGCAGGAGCGGCCACGCAGCGGCCCGUACCUCGCCGCGGCAGUCCCCGCAGCAGGCGAAACGGUGGCCAAGAAGACGAGCUAA